GGCAAUGUCGCAUUGCUAUCCACCAAUUGCUUUGAAACCGGCAGUUAUGAAAUAUUUGGGGAAAACUCAUAAUAUUUGGCAUCGAAUGACUCUAAAUCUGGAAGAAAUGUCAGUAGAUGAUAACAUCAAACAUAAAUCAAAGAAGAAAAAUUAGAUUGAUAUUUUAAAUUCUUUGAGUGAUAUGUAUUCUUUGCUGCAUGAGGAGGAUUUAUGGUCUGGAUUGUGGCAGAAGCACGCUCGCUAUAAAGAAACAUCUAUAGCUAUUGCAUAUGAACAACAAGGAUUUUUUGAACAAGCUCAAGGAACUUAUGAGGUAGCUAUGUCGAGACACAUACAAGAUUGUGCUUCUGGGCCAAUGGUCCCAAAUAGUCUGCGAGAAGCACAACUUUGGGAACAGCAUUGGACCAGAUGCGCUAGAGAGUUGAAUCAAUGGGACCUGUUACUUAACUAUGGCAGAAGUAAAGCUGAAAAAAAUCCUUUUCUCAUCUUAGAGAGUGCUUGGCGAGUGCCUCAGUGGGAUCUUAUGAAGGAAGCUUUGGCUCAAAGCGAGUAUAGCUGUCCAAAGGAGUCUAUAUGGCGGGUAAAUUUGUACCGAACCUACUUAGCGGUCUGCCAAACCGACGAGCCACCAGAUAAGAGACGAAACUGCCUCAAAAUGCUGGACCGAUAUGUUGAGCUUGCGCUACUUGUGCAUGCGUGAAUGGCGCGGCUACCACGAGUAGUUUCUCAUGUGCAUUUGCCAUUAUUGCAGGCUGCGCAGCAGGUAAUGGAACUACAAGAAGCGGCUAAUAUUCACCAGGGUAUGUUGGAGAUGGGUACACAAAAUGAUAUGAACGCAAUAGUUAAAACUUGGCGAAAUAGACUACCCGUGAUAGCAGACGAUAUGUCGCACUGGAGCGAUAUCUUUACCUGGCGUCAACAUCACUACCACAUUGCGAGCCAUUACGAACAAAAGAACGAGCCGAUGGAACCUGGAAUGUUGGGUGUACAUGCUAGUGCUGAGACUCUCAUACACUUCGCAAAGAUUGCACGUAAACACAAUCUUCCUGAUGUUUGUUUAGAUUCAUUGUCUCGAAUCUAUACUAUACCAAGUGUACCUAUAGUCGACUGUUUUCAGAAAAUUAGGCAGCAAGUAAAGUGUUAUCUUCAAAUGGCAUCUUAUAAUAGUAAAGCAGAAUUGCAGGGCGGGUUGGAAGUAAUUGAGUCUACACAACUCAAAUACUUUCAGACCACGGGAAAUGAAAUGAUUGCAGAACUGUAUUCAUUGAAAGGAAUGCUUCUUGCUCAAUUAGGGAGAUCUGAGGAUGCAAACAAAGCGUUCUCGUUUGCAAUAAGCACGCACGACAAACUAGUUAAGGCUUGGGCAUUGUGGGGUGAUUAUCUUGAAUCUGUAUAUUCCCGAGAUACACAAAAAAAUAUUACAAUUGGAGAAAGUGCUAUCACAUGCUAUUUACAUGCUUGUCGCAAUCAGAAUGAAUCUAAGUCUAGAAAAUAUUUAGCGAAGGUUUUGUGGAUGAUGGCCCAAGAUAAUAGCAAUGGUGUAUUAAUGGCGGCCGUUGAUAAAUAUGCAGGAAACAUUCCAUUAUUAUUAUGGCUGCCUUGGAUUCCACAACUGCUUGUUUUUCUUGUGCAAUAUAAUAAUACAGUUAUUAUGAAUUUAUUGACGCAGAUUGGCAGGAUGUUUCCACAAGCAGUGUAUUUUUUAACACGUACAAUGUACUUCACUCUAAAAAUAGAAGAGCGAGAAUGGCAUAAGUUAAACAAUCCCUCAACUCGCAGUCCUUCUACAGCUCAGCAGACACCAGUAAGCGAAGCGAUUAAAGUGUCUCCCACCACAUGGCGCUGCAUGCGAAUUAUGAACAUGCAAAAAGAAAUACAUCCAAUGGUACUUUCAUCCUUAGAGGGAAUUAUUGACCAGAUGGAUUGGUUCCGAGAGAAUGGUUAUGAAGAAGUCUUACGACAUUUACGCCAAGGGCUUGCCAAGUGUCAUGCAGUAGCUUUUGAGAAUCGUGCUGCUGUGGGUAAAGCUCGAAUCACGCCUCACACAGUAAAUUUCGUAGAAAAGCUUGCAGCAACAUUUGGAACUGGAAUUGAACAUAUCUCAAGUUCAACUCAUGCAAAAUUCCCGACAGCAGCCUCAGAAUGUCUAGCUAGAAGAGCCGAAGCAACUAAACAAGAUCCGGUAUUUCAGAAGAUGAAAGAUCAGUUUAAAAAAGAUUUUGAUUUUAGUCAGCCAAAUGCCAUGAGAUUACACAAUCUGAUUGGAAAAUUCAAGAAAUGGAUUAAAAUUUUAGAAGCCAAAACAAAAUUAUUGCCAAAGUCAUUUUUAAUAGAAGAGAAAUGCCGCUUUUUGUCCAACUUUUCAUUGAAGACAGCUGAAGUAGAGUUACCAGGAGAGUUUUUGUUACCAAGAAAUUCACAUUAUUAUGUUCGGAUCGCGCGCUUCAUGCCACGUGUUGAAAUAGUUCAGAAACAUAAUGCUGCAGCUCGAAGACUUUUUAUUAGAGGACAUAAUGGAAAAAUUUACCCGUACCUGGUUGUGAAUUAUUUAUGUUUUGGUGAUACUAGAAGAGAGGAACGAGUACUACAAUUACUAAGAAUGUUAAAUCAUUACCUCGGAAAACAAAAGGAGACUUCAAAAAGAUUUUUACAUUUCACUAUUCCAAAAGUUGUUGCUGUUUCACCACAGAUUCGUUUGGUAGAAGAUAAUCCUGCAUCGUUGUCACUACUAGAUAUAUACAAAAAAAGUUGUGCUACUACAUUGGCUAUUGAGCAUGAAGCACCAGUAGCACGAUAUUAUGAGAGAUUGGCAUCUGUUCAAGCAAGGGGUUCGCAAAUAUGCUAUGAAAUUCUUAGGGAUGUUUUUCAAGAAGUGCAAAAUUCCAUGGCUCCUAGAACUUUGCUGAAGCAUUGGGCUUUGAAAACAUUUCCAAAUGCUACGGAUUAUUGGUCUUUCCGAAAAAUGUUCACAUUACAAUUGGCGCUAUCCUGUUUUGCGGAGUACGUUCUUCAUCUGACCAGAUUGAACCCUGAUAUGAUGUACAUUCAUCAAGAUUCUGGCUUAAUGAAUAUUGCUUAUUAUAAAUUUGAUAUUGACGAAACUAAUUGCGAACUUCUUAGUAACAGGCCAGUUCCAUUUAGACUAACACCAAAUGUUGUUGAAUUUGUUUCAAAUUUUGGAAUUACUGGACCACUGACUGCAUCCAUGAUAUCUGUAGCAAGAUGUUUGACUCAUCCUACAUUUAAGGUACAAACAAUUCUAAAAACAAUAUUACGUGACGAAAUUAUAACAGCAUAUAAAAGACGUGAAGAUAAUAAAAUAAUUCAAGAAAGAAACAAAGGUAUGGAUGAAACUCGUGAAGCACAGUCUCUGAAUCAACAAGAGAAAGCAACUGACAACUCUGUGAAUGAUUCAGAGCAAUACAUCAUUUUAACCGUUGGCGUAGUUAAAUCUAUAACAUCUCGACUAAAUAGCAUUGCAACUUAUGAAGGAAUUGAUAGUAAAGUCAGCACACUUGUUACUGCUGCCACAAAUUUCAAUAAUUUGUGUCGUAUGGAUCCUGCUUGGCACCCAUGGUUAUAAAUUUAUUUUCGAUGCAAUGUAAUAAUUCUAUCAAAAUAGUAUUAAUAUUUUAAUAGGUCAAGUAUAAGUAUAGGUCGAGUACUUAGACUCAUAUAGUUUAACUUGAUAAACUUUCAAUAUUGACUUUCAAUUGAAAAUGACGUAUUGCUCAAUUUUGACAUCAACUAAAUCUAUUCUUUCUAAUAUGUAGAAAAAUAUUUGAUUAUA